UAUAACUGGAAAUUAAAAUAGUGUCUUAGGGUGAAGAGAAACGGAUGAGUCUGAUAUCCAGAGGGCGCUUACAGCUCCUGAUAUUGUGUGUUAUGAGGCUGAGCCGUGUUCCUCCUGUCUGAGGAUCAGAACGCUGACAGCCUGCUGCAGGACGGCAGGGAGCGUACAGUGUGCCUUGCUUCACGGCUGCCGGCAGAGAUGGCUUCCUGAUGCCGGUGAAUAAGCAGAAAAACAGAGCAGAGGGAGGGACAAGGGAUGCGGGCAGCGGAUGAUGAGGAGCUGCAUCACUCAGAGCAUCACAUGGCAGGAGAUGAUGACAGCGCUUCGUGGAUAUUUACGGAUGUUUAUUGUUUUGCUUUUUUUAUUUUUAUUUUUUUUCACAUGAAAUCUGAAGCAGUGUGAAGUGUGAGGCGGUGGGGGUUUGUCAUCUGCCUUGUUUCCCCCUCCAGCGGGGCUCUCUGCUCAUCGACGCAGAGAGGAGAGGGCAGAGAGAGGGAAAGGGGCGAUGGCUGCCGGGGGAGCGGGAUGCGGCGACACGGUGGAGGAGUGCCGGGUCGAGGUGGAGCGCCUGACCCGGGACCUGGCGGAGGCCAACCGCGAGAAGAUCCGGGCGGCGGAGUGCGGGCUGGUGGUGCUGGAGGAGAACCAGAGGCUAAAGCAGCAGUACGCCGACCUGGAGGCCGAGCAGGAGGCGCUGAGGAUGGAGCUGGAGCAUCUGCAGGAGGCGUUUGGACAUGCCUACUCCAUCCAGCGUAAGGUGGCAGAGGAUGGGGAGAACAACGAGGAGACGCUGCUGCAGGAGUCCGCCACCAAGGAGGCGUACCACGUGGGCCGCAUCCUGGAGCUGCAGUCAGAGCUGAAGCACAGCCGGGCCGCUGCCUCCGACGCUCAGGCUGACAACGAGCAUCUCAGCGGCUUGCUGCAGGAGCUCAGGGAGAGUAAUGAGAUGUUGGAGCUGCAGCGCAGCCGCAUGAGAGAGGAGAUCAGGGAGUACAAGCUUCGAGACUCGCGGCUGCUCCAGGACUACACCGAGCUGGAGGAGGAGAACAUUUCUCUGCAGAAGCUGGUGUCAACUCUGAGACAGAAUCAGGUGGAGUAUGAAGGCCUGAAACAUGAGAUCAAGGUCCUGGAGGAGGAGACAGAGCUUCUCAAUAGCCAGCUGCAAGACGCGCUGCGUUUGAAGGACAUCUCAGACGCCCAGCUGGAGGAGGCUCUGGAGUCCCUGAAGAGUGAGCGUGAGCAAAAGAAACACCUGCGCAGGGAGCUGGUGCACCACCUCAGUAUGUGCGAUGUGGCCUACACCGGCAGUGCCCACCUGACAUUCACCUCGGCCCCGCCCAGUGGCACCGCCACCCCAACGACUCUGCUCUCCCCAAAUGCAGAGGAGCCAACAAGAUGUAACUGCCACCUCCAGGGCGGGACAGAAGCAGGGACAGCUGGAGGGUCGGUGGCCAGGCCGAAUGGAGAGUGCCGAGGGCCGGGUCGAAAAGCUGAGGGAGUGACGACGUCGGACCUCUUCAGUGAGAUGAACCUGACAGAGAUCCAGAAACUCAAGCAGCACAUAAUGACCGUUGAACGUGAGAAAGUAGCACUCAUGACGAGCCUGGAAGAGUCCCAGACUCAGCUCCAACACACCCAGGGGGCCUUGACCGAGCAGUAUGAAAAGGUCCUUCGUCUUAGCCAGACAGUCACUACCCUCCGCCACCUGCAUCAAAGGGCCCACUUUAACCAGGAAGGCCAAAGCAGCGUCACCUCUCAGAUGAAUCCAGAGGAGCUUGGCAGAGAUGAUGAGGAGGCUGAAGAGGAAGGGAGCACGGACUAUAAAAGCGAGACACUGAACAAAAGUCAGGUGUUUUCAUACCAAACCCCGGGUCUGGAGAUCCUGCAAUGCAAGUAUCGCGUGGCUGUGACAGAGGUGGUGGAGCUAAAAGCUGAGAUGAAGGGCCUCCGUGAGAGGCUGACUCAGUGUGCCGAGGGAGCAGGUAGGGAGAGGCCAAACCGAAACAGUCAGCACCAGAAGCUGGAGCGGCAGGUCGCCUCAUUGGAGAAGAGUUGCUGGGAGGGACGCAAUAAGAUUUCUAGUCUGGAGUUGGAGUUGCAGGCAUCUCAAUCAACAGCCAGUGAGAGCCAGGGUGCACUGAACACAGCUCAGGAUGAGCUGGUGACACUGAGUGAAGAGCUUGCCACACUCUACCAUCACGUCUGUCUUUGCAACAACGAGACGCCCAACCGUGUCAUGCUAGACUACUACAGACAAGGCAAGGGGCUCAGGAGCGUCACUGCCAGUCUCAAAGCCAUGUCUUCGGACAACAGCAAAGUUCUCCUCACACCACGCCUCGCUAGGCGGCUGGCCGCUGUUGCUUCGACAACCUUGACUCCCGGGGAGUCGCGGAGCCCCUCGGCAUCUCCGUCCAAAGAGCACCUGUGUAGGGAGGGUGGAGAAGAGGAGAAGGAGGGGGACAGGGAGGGCCUCCAGGUGCCAUCUGAGAAGGGCCUACCAGUCUGCACGCCUCCUACCCGCUCACCCAGUAUCAGUGCCUCUUCAUCAUCAUCGUCAUCAUCAUCGCCUGCCCUGGAGCCAGCCGGUGAGCUGCGCAAGGAGCCAAUGAACAUCUACAACCUCAACGCAAUCAUCAGAGACCAGGUGAAGCACCUACAGCGGGCAGUAGACCAGUCUUUGCAGCUGUCCAGACAGAGAGCUGCAGCCAGGGACCUGGCCCCUCUGCUGGACAAAGACAAGGAGAGCUGCAUGGAGGAGAUCCUGAAGUUCAAGUCUUUGCUCAGCACCAAGAGAGAGCAGAUAGCCACCCUCAGACUGGUGCUCAAGGCUAACAAGCAGACUGCAGAGGUGGCUCUUGCAAACCUUAAGAGUAAGUAUGAGUCUGAGAAGUACAUGGUGACCGACACUAUGAUGAAGCUGAGGAACGAGCUAAAGGCACUGAAGGAGGACGCUGCCACUUUCUCAUCACUGCGAGCCAUGUUCGCUACCAGGUGUGACGAGUAUGUGACCCAGCUGGAUGAGAUGCACAGACAGCUGGCUGCCGCCGAGGAUGAGAAGAAGACUCUCAACUCCCUCCUUCGGAUGGCCAUCCAGCAGAAGCUGGCCCUCACCCAGCGACUGGAGGACUUAGCCUUCGAUCAAGAGCAGACCCACCGCACCCGCGGGGGAAGGCUGACCCGCAGGAAGAUCAUCACCCCCAAAGUAAGUCACCCAUCCUCGACUUCAGCCACCAACUUAGCCCAAGACUACACUUCAGCUUUGGCCCCUGGCAGUCUCCCCAUUUUUGGCCUUACUAGUCCUACAUCAAUUGUUCCUGAUGAUUCCACUUUUUCUCUUUGCCAGUCCAUGGUCAGUGCAGCUCUGGCGUCACCUCUUACCUCCCCUACCUCACACAUACUCCCUCGCAGCCCAUCAUCAGCGGUGAUCACCUCACUGGCUGGCCCUGUAGGGCCAGAGAGCCCCCCAUCUUUGGAGGCACCCUCCGCUACCUUGGCAGAGACCCCACCCUCAACCCCUCUGAGGCUGGCUCACUCCCAGUGGACCUUGGGGGUGCGGACGUUGGUGGUCGACUCCCACAGUUUCAAUGUCAACAUCUCCACUGCUCUGCCUCGUAGCUUAGGCCUCUCCAGGCAAUGUACUUCAGACACAUACACCUCUCCCCCACCCAGCACCACCACCAGGCCCACUCAGCCAGGAUCUGCCCCCUCUUCUUCAUACCGGUCCCCUCUUCUUGGGAUCAGGCGCUCCACGUGGAGCCCCACACCCCGAACUCGGCCCCUCUCUAGCCUGACACGCUCUUCUAUCCACUACUCUCCUUCCUCGUCCCCCCCUUACUCCCCUUCUUCGGCCCACAGCUAUUCCUCUGCCUAUUACAGCUCCUCACCUGCUUUUACGCCCUCUAGCUCCUAUAGCCACUCCAGCCAUUACACACCCCUGUACCCCAGAUACAACAGUUCUUACCGGCCCCGGCACUGACUUCCUACUUUAAUUCCUUUACUACAAGCCUUUUUCACCCUUUAUUGAAACUGAAAAACUCCCAUCAUGCCUCCGCUUUCUUCACCUGAGAGGUUGGGGGCUCACAGAGAGGAGGACAGAUUGGUUUCCUUUUCCCAGUCCCUAUUCCUGUGCCUAAGCCAUGGCCAAUGGGUUCUGAAUGUUCUGUGACUUUGCUCAGGGAUUUGACAUAAGGAGCACAAGCGCCUUCCUUUUAUUCUGAUACUGCUGUUUGGAGGAGGGCGUCAAAAGAGACUUUUUAAUGGGAGUUUUUAGUAUUCAGGUUCUUCAGGUUGAGAUCAAACAUGCAAGUGACUAAAAGAGACACAGAGACAUUCAGGCACUGAAAGGACAUCCGGGGGACACUUUCGAAUGAGGGCCAUGAAACAUUAAACACUGUCUUUGAUAUUCAGUGAAAUGUCCACUCUGUUUUAACUAGUAGUGACUCUCAUAUACUGUAUUGUAGUUAGAUGCUUAAAGGUUUAGUAUGAUUCUAAUGAACUAGGUUGCACAAAGUGUUUAUUCUGAAUGGCCACAAUGAAAGGAGUGGUAUCCAAAUGAAGAUAACAACACGCACAUUCUGACAGUCUCAACUCAAAGGUGUUACACUCAGUAGCAGACAUAGUAAAGUGGGGGGAAAAAAGAUGGAGCCUGGGGUUUGUAACACCUGCGCAUACCCGGCCAAUCGCUGCGACCAACUCGUUGUUUGGGCUAUCUUUUCCUAAAGUUACAGAAAAAUCGGACAAAGCCUCCCAAAUUCCAGUAUUGGAAGGGUGUGAGGGGCCAGUGUGUGAGUCAUUGUUUGACCCUCCGAUAUAGCUUACUGACUCUUUUAGUGUUUCAACUUUGAUUUCACUAAAUAAUCCCACACGGACUCAUACACUGCACACACCCUUGUAUGCUGAAGCAGCUGUGGGGGAGGAGUGGUGUACUGAUGAAUUAGUCACUGGUAUUCACUGGAUACUUUGCCAAAGUGAGCACUGCUUUCCAACAGGAAUCCUUCAGUGCAUCUCAAUGACUGUUCUUCAUUUCUUGUCAAGCAAGGGUUGUUGCCACAAUCAGUUUAACCUCUAGCAAUUGUUAUCAAUCUCUAGCACCACCCAGUGGUUUGUUCUUAUGUACUGUACUCAGCUAUGCAUGCUCAUGUUUGGAUGCUCUUAUACUGCAGACUUCCUCCCCCUUCCAUAUGAAAACUGGACCUGAUGGAGGUGCAUGCUGUAUAAGAGUAAGGAGGGUGGAGAGCACUCAUACAUGGCAUAUGACCAUAGUAGGAUCAGCUCAAUCCCAUUGUCUAGUCAUUUUUCAAGGAAAGAAUAUGACUUGGAGUUAGCUCUGUGAGUGUGUCUCAGUAGUCUAUGCCUCAAGUACAUUAACUAUUAAAAGCACUGGUAAAGUAGCUUUCAAAUUAUUUUCCACUGAUUUCAAAUAUGAAAUAUCAGUAUGUUUAAAGAACCUAAUAAACACCUAAUAAAGCAGUAAUUAUUGAGAGAAAAAAACAGGUGCUGCUAACAAAGUGUAACCACAUGACUUAUUAUCUUUAUAUCCACACUGAGGUAAUCAAAGACUAUUCUGAUACACCAUCACGGCUGACUUCAGUUAGACCAUCACAAUAACAAUGUAGCACCCUCUUGUGCCUGUGAGGCCACCUGCAGAGGUUUGUCGAGCAACAUGGUACCGCACCAAACUCAGGGAAUGUGAAACAAUUCAUCCGACCUAGAAUGACUCAGAAACCAAACCAGAAGGACUAUAAGCAUCAUUAUAUCGUUUUUGCGGGGAGAGAAGACCUCCCAGACUACACUGCACCUAUAAGGUUAAAGUUAGGUUCAAGAAAUGUGCUUGCUGUACAUCUUACCCAGAGUCAUAUGAGAAGACUGAUAUCAUGAAGUCCAGUACAGAGAUAAGUCUCAGAUGUCGAAGCGAUUGGUAACAUGACAUUACACUUUUAUCAUGUUGCACUACUGUAGCAGUUUGUUACAAGUGAAGACACUUACAUACGGAGACAUUUGAAUACAUUUUGACUUUUGUUCCAUGGGACUUUCUAUAAAAAGGUUGAUACCCGACCGAUGCCAAUACCGAUUGUACUGUAUGUAGUAAAUAAUUUCAUAUACAAAUAUAUCAUCUGAUAUAUACUUAAAAAAAAUCAAUGAUUCCUAAGAUGUCAUUAUCAAACCCUUGUGACAAAGAAAUGUAAUUGAGGUUUUGUGUUUUGCAUUUUAACCAUAAACUUUAUUAUAAAUAAAUAUAAAUAAAAGGAAACACAAAUAAAACAUUAUAUAGAUCUUGAAUUAAUUUUGAUCAUGUGUAAUAUAAACAUAAAUGCACAUAAACUUUUCUGCAUUGUUUUUUCUGUAAAAUUAAAGUUUUUCAUAUUGGCGCAUAUCGGCAAACAUCGUCUGAUACUAAUAUGUGUACUAAUAGGCUUUGGGACCAAGCGAAAAAAUACUGUCGCUAACAGGGACUUGUGAUGUCUUUAACUUGCAUUCACAACAAGGAGCCUGACAUGAACAGCGUGUCCAUGUAGCUUACAGUGUGAACCUGUGUUGUUCAGAUCCUAAAUAGAUUCAGCCGCUUCAUAAAGACUACGCCUUCCAGUGACCACCCACUGUACGUGGUGAGCUAACAAUCUAGUCAUCAAUACAUCCUUACUUCUCUAUAAGAUUCAUAACUGAUAUUGAUCUUCUCAUUUGACCUGAGUAGACAGCAAAGUUGCUACCACUUCAGCUUACAUGAUACCGUAUUCCCUGUGUCUGUGUGCC